AACACCUGGAAUCGUACCGAAAGAACAAGAAUCGAGCGCAAAUAAAUCAAAUAUACUAGCUCGUGAAAUAGAUACUGGAUUAGAUAUUGGAUAUUGGAAUACUGUAGCCUCGAUUUUUGAGUUUCGUUGUGCAGUUUGUAAAACGAGUGUGGAGUGUUCAUAGUCUUAAAGUGCCAGGUGAUUUAUAUUUUUGUGUACGUCUCACAGUGUUGGAAAAACCCGGUUUCACUCUGAAACAUUUGAUAAUUGUACUAGUAUACUAAGAAGUUUCCUCUACCUGAAUAAAGUUCACUGAAUGUCGUCUGUAGAAUUUUGUGAUACAACUGGUACUAAUGGUCUACUAACUCAGAAUGGAUACAAUCAAUUCAAUAUUCUUUGUCCACGAUGUUCCAGUAUUGUCCUUCGUAAGAAUACAGCAAAGCUAACCAAUAAACAACACAAUUUGCCAGUGCUCACUAAGAAAUCGGAACUAUCCAAUUCUCCCAAAGAAUUUCCUACAGAACUAACUGAAGAAUUUUGGUGUGUUAACGAUAUUUACGCAUUUGAAAAUGUUGGAUUUACAAACAGCGUAAGAACAUUUCGUUACCUAACGUGUGCUGAUUGUGAACUUGGACCUUUGGGUUUCCAUGAUACUCAGGAAGGUCCAACGAAUGCAUACUAUAUUGCGCUUACCCGUACCACUACUGAAGCUAAAUCAAGCUAUGAAAAAUAAGUAUUUAAUAAAGCACUAUUUGUAUGAUGCUGUAUCAACACUAUGGCUUGUCUUAGGAAAAAAUUCUAAGUCCU